AUGCGCAGGCUCAGUUCCUGGAGGAAGAUGGCGGCAGCGGAGAAGCAGAAACACGACGGGCGGGUGAAGAUCGGCCACUACAUCCUAGGAGACACGCUCGGGGUCGGCACUUUCGGCAAAGUGAAGGUUGGCAAGCAUGAGUUGACUGGGCACAAAGUUGCUGUGAAGAUCUUGAAUCGACAGAAAAUCCGAAGCCUUGAUGUGGUAGGGAAAAUUCGCAGAGAAAUCCAGAACCUCAAGCUUUUCAGACAUCCUCAUAUCAUCAAGCUGUAUCAGGUCAUUAGUACACCAUCUGACAUUUUCAUGGUAAUGGAAUAUGUGUCCGGUGGAGAGCUGUUUGAUUAUAUUUGUAAAAAUGGAAGGCUGGAUGAAAAAGAAAGUCGGCGUUUAUUCCAACAAAUCCUUUCUGGUGUGGAUUAUUGUCAUAGACACAUGGUUGUCCAUAGAGAUUUGAAACCUGAAAAUGUACUGCUUGAUGCACACAUGAAUGCAAAGAUAGCUGAUUUUGGUCUUUCAAAUAUGAUGUCAGAUGGCGAAUUUUUAAGAACAAGCUGUGGCUCUCCCAACUAUGCUGCACCAGAAGUAAUUUCAGGAAGGUUGUAUGCAGGUCCAGAGGUAGAUAUUUGGAGCAGUGGUGUCAUUCUUUAUGCUUUAUUAUGUGGCACCCUUCCUUUUGAUGAUGAUCAUGUGCCAACCCUUUUUAAGAAGAUAUGUGAUGGGAUCUUUUAUACCCCUCAGUACUUGAAUCCUUCUGUGAUUAGCCUUCUGAAACAUAUGCUGCAGGUGGAUCCCAUGAAGAGAGCCACAAUCAAAGACAUCAGGGAACAUGAGUGGUUUAAGCAAGACCUUCCAAAGUAUCUCUUUCCUGAGGAUCCAUCAUAUAGUUCAACCAUGAUUGAUGACGAAGCCUUAAAAGAAGUAUGUGAAAAAUUUGAAUGUACAGAAGAAGAGGUUCUCAGCUGUCUGUAUAGCAGAAACCAUCAGGACCCUUUGGCAGUUGCUUAUCACCUCAUAAUAGAUAACAGGAGAAUAAUGAAUGAGGCCAAAGAUUUCUACUUGGCUACAAGCCCACCAGAUUCUUUCUUAGAUGACCACCAUUUUUCUCGCCCACAUCCUGAAAGAGUGCCAUUCUUGGUUGCUGAAACACCAAGGUCACGUCAUACUUUGGAUGAAUUGAAUCCUCAAAAGUCCAAACACCAGGGUGUUAGGAGGGCAAAGUGGCAUUUGGGAAUUCGAAGUCAAAGUCGACCAAAUGAUAUCAUGGCAGAAGUUUGUCGCUCAAUUAAACAACUGGAUUAUGAAUGGAAGGUUGUAAACCCUUACUAUUUGCGUGUUCGAAGGAAGAAUCCAGUGACAAGCACAUACUCAAAAAUGAGUCUACAGUUAUAUCAGGUUGACAGUAGGACUUACUUACUGGACUUCCGAAGCAUUGAUGAUGAAAUUACCGAAGCCAAAUCUGGAACUACUACUCCUCAAAGAUCAGGUUCUGUGAGCAAUUAUCGAUCUUGCCAAAAGAAUGAUUCAGAUGCUGAAGCCCAAGGAAGAUCCUCAGAUGUUUCCCUUACCUCAUCAGUUACUUCACUUGACUCUUCAACAGUUGACUUAACCCCAAGGCCAGGAAGUCACACAAUAGAGUUUUUUGAGAUGUGUGCAAAUCUUAUUAAAAUUCUUGCACAGUAAACAUAAAUGUUUGCUUAUUUCUUUCAUAGCAAUAAGCAUGCAAAAAUCAUAGCCAAAUGCUUCCAUUUGUAAUCAAGUUAUAAUUAUGAUGCUGAGAAGAAUAGCCCUUUCUGAAUGCAAUUUGCACAGAGAUUGGAAAGUGAUUAAUAGUUCAGUGGCUAAUGUGCAGAAGUUAAUUGUGAUUAUUUUGUUCAUUCUUCCACAGGUAUAUGGUAUGUAAUACAAAAGACACAAAAGACACAAUGAAUUCUAGAUCUGUUAAGCUCACUUUAGUUUUGAAUAUUUCACUGCACACUGAGCUUUGUAGAAUAUUACUGUUUUACCUCAAAGGCCUUUAUAUUUUUCUUAUUUUUUGUUAAAUUUGCUUCAAAAUUUAAGUCAAUAAAUACUUGCUUACUGGUCCCUAGAAAAGUAAAGAAGUGAUCUUUUUCAACUCUUUUAAAGUGCUUGUCCUUUAAUUAUUCAACCAUUUUAACAGUCUGAAUGACUAUAUCCCUUUCAGUACCUUAUAAUAUAACUGAAAAUUGUUACUUCAAAGACAUAAAAUGCACUCAUUUUAGACAAGGCUGAGAAGUCCAAGCACAGAUAGCACUUCAGCAUUCAGAUCCCGUGGCACUGAAUUUAUUCUAGUAGUAAGUGCUAAUACUUUCUAUAUAUAAAUUGCUUUUUCUGUCAGAAGGGAUGAGUUGGCAUACACUGUAAAUAAGACAGGCAGUGCUCUCCAAUUUUAAAAAUACUCUAUUUACCUUUUAUAAUAUAUCUUGACAAUUCAUUAUUAAAUUAAGCAUGAGUCUUUAGCCAAAAUUGACAAUGCAGAUAACCUCUACACAGAGUAUUUAAGUAUCCAGAUAUUUGGGGUUUUAUUUCUCUGAUAAAUUUUCGCAAGAAAAAGUUAGGUUUUCUGAAGGAUCAUAUUUCUGAAACUAGUUCCAGGUUUUCAUUAAUUUUUUUUAAAUAGCAUUAUAUGAACUGAAGAAAAUGUUAACCCACCUCAAGAUCUGAUUUUUAGAAACCUGUUUCUAUAGCUGGAGGUAUUCAUUUUUCUUUUUGAUAAUGGUGUCAUAUAGCUAUGGUAAAUACAAACUUAAAGCCAUUUUAGAGGAAUUUGAUAUCAUGUGUAUGCUAAUAAACAAAUGCUGAAUCUAAUAUUCUUGCCUUAUAUAUGUUACUUUCAGUUUGAUUCUUUUUUAAUAGAUGACCUAGAAGUGUUCCAUAUCUCCAAAUAUUUCUUUCCUUUAUUUAAGUACUUUUACUUUUUAGGUUUGCUAAAGGCAAAUACAGUGAGUAUCUGUCUAAUCAGAUGCUAGAUAGUGUGUUCAUUUGAAUAUCAUGAUAACUUAUAUAAGUGGUUACUAGAGUCAACUCCAAUAAUUUAGUAAAAUGUCCUGAGUUGAAAUGAAGCAUAAUGCUGCUUUAUGUCUAGGGGUUGCUGUAAUUAAUUUUAAAUUUGGACUAAACAACAUAUUAAUAGAUCUACUUAAUAUAGAUACAAAAUCUCAUUCAAAAUUUUUCUUUAUGGCCCUUCAUCUUUAGAACAGUAUUUUGACACAUGCUCUUCAAAUGAAGCAUAAUGUCCCUGGAGGUUAGCAAAAGAUUAUAUUUCUAAAGUUGAAGAUUUGUAGUGCAUAUAUAAUACAGGGGACAUUACUACACUGUGUAUAUAAGCUAAUAUGGCAGAGGAAAAGGAACCAAUUAAAUAGAACUUUCUAAAAUACUUUAUUAAUCAUAUAAAAUUCGGUUCUGAUAUAUUCUUUUAAGUUGUUGUGAUCCUUUCUAGUAAUCAAGUUUCAUUUUGAAGAUGCUUUAAUAUUGCACUUGUACAAAUAGUAUAAUAAAUGCACAGACUUUAUUGCAAUAUAUUGCUUUUAAAAGCUGGGAUCUUUUUGAAAUGAACUGAACUUUUGGUUGUAUAUGUCAAGGUCUCAUCAAAACUUUCACAAAUCUGUUGUUGUCUGCAAAUUCUUACUAAUGUUGAAGAUGUACAAGGAGUCAAGAUGCAAAUGGUUUUUAAUCUUUUUUUAUAUCUUUUCAGCAAUUUAUAUUUUUUUGUGCUUUAAUGCAACCAUGUUUUUUACUUUGUCUUGACAGCUGGAAGAUGUAUAGGUUUUUGCCACAAAUGUAUUAUAUACAUAGUUUUAAAUAUAAUGCAAAUUUUUCUGGCAUGUAAAGAUUUUGCCAUUAAAAAUAGAUGAUUUCUCAUUGAGAGGACUUUUAUACUGGGUUUGGGGGAACCAGAAGCUAAUACUACUUACCUUAAGUAUGAUUUGAUUAAGAUAUAACUCCAUCUUUUAUUUGUUCCACUUUUUUCUUAAAAUAUAUGUUGUUGAAGAUUUUGGAUGAUUUUUUACACCAAUUUCCCCUCUUUAUACACUGUUUGUUGUCUUUGAAAUUAUAGUGAUGCCCUGCUUGUUGAAUUGGUGCCAUGAUGUUAUGAGAUAAGAUGCGGGCUUCACUAAAUUUCAGAGAUCUGAUUUGCAGUGUUGGCAAUGAAAACCCAAAAAGUUUUAUUCAAGUAUGUUCUAUUUUGUAUGUCUUUUUCUUACUUUCCCUCUCCCAGAUUUUCAUCAGUAUGAAAAUACCUUGACAGAGCCUUCUUUCUCAUUAUAAUUUCUCAUCAUAGUCAUUGGUAAAUUGAUUGAAAUUCUACAUGCAACAUUUUAUAAACUGGUAGUAAGAUAGAAAUUGAUCUUUGUGGUGCAAUAUUCCGAGAAAUUUUCAUGUAUGUUUUGCCUGAAGUGUAUUUCAGUAUAAAUUUUCAAAUAAACAAUUUACUUUGCUUUAGAGCCAUUGUACAUUA